AGAGACUGGGUUUGAGACAGGUGGUCCGAGACUUGAUGUUGACCUGGGCGUAAAGGAAAGCGGCAAAUAGGAAGCGGGAGGACAUUUUUUUUGUUAUCUGGGAAGCUGCUUCCUAAUCUGCCUCCACCUACCUAGUAAAGUAGCCUAUGAUGUUAGACUCUGAAAAACAUAUACGUUUUUACAUAGCGCUGCGCCUGAGAAUGGUUACAACGCAGUUUUCCAUUGUUUAGCUAGUUAAAUAACUGAUGGUGGAAAUGAACGGCUGAGAUAAGAUUCGUUGCCUUUUAGUGGAAGCAUGGACAUGAAAGGAAAGGUUAAGUGUUAAAGCUGCUGCUGAGGGGGAAGCUGGCCAUGUCACAUGUCCCUCCUCCACCAGGGGACAUGUCUACUGGACCUGUGGCAGAGAGCUGGUGUUACACACAGGUGAAAGUAGUCAAGUUCUCCUACAUGUGGACCAUCAACAACUUCAGUUUCUGUAGAGAGGAGAUGGGGGAGGUCUUAAAGAGUUCCACCUUCUCCUCUGGACCCAACGACAAGAUGAAAUGGUGUCUGAGAGUCAACCCAAAAGGACUGGAUGAUGAAAGCAAAGAUUAUCUGUCGUUGUAUUUACUUCUUGUUAGUUGUCCAAAAAGUGAAGUCAGAGCAAAGUUCAAGUUUUCCUUAUUGAACACUAAAAGAGAAGAGACUAAAGCUAUGGAAAGCCAAAGAGCCUAUCGGUUUGUCCAGGGGAAAGACUGGGGCUUCAAAAAGUUUAUUAGAAGAGAUUUCCUGCUUGAUGAAGCCAAUGGGCUGUUACCUGAUGACAAACUCACCCUGUUCUGUGAGGUGAGUGUGGUGCAGGACUCUGUGAACAUCUCUGGCCAGUCCAACAUGAACAUGCUGAAGGUACCAGAGUGCCAGCUGUCCGACGACCUGGGGAACCUCUGGCAGUGUUCCCGCUUCACUGACUGUUCCCUCUAUGUGGGGGGGCAGGAGUUCAAGGCACACAAAUCCAUCCUGGCAGCAAGAUCCCCCGUCUUUAACGCCAUGUUUGAACAUGAGAUGGAGGAGAGUAAAAAGAACCGUGUGGACAUCAGUGAUGUGGAGCCAGACGUGUUUAAGGAGAUGAUGGGAUUCAUCUACACAGGGAAAGCUCCCAACCUGGAGAAGAUGGCAGACAACCUGCUGGCAGCUGCUGACAAAUAUGCCUUGGAGCGUUUAAAGGUGAUGUGUGAAGAGGCUCUGUGCACCAGCCUCUCUGUGGAGAACGUGGCUGAUACCCUGAUCCUGGCGGACUUACACAGUGCCGAGCAGCUCAAAGCACAAGCCAUAGAUUUUAUCAACAGGUGCAGCGUCCUCCGACAGCUGGGCUGUAAAGAUGGGAACAACUGGAAUAGCAGUCAUGCCACGGACAUAAUGGAGACGGCAGGCUGGAAGUCAAUGAUCCAGUCCCACCCUCACUUAGUGGCCGAGGCCUUCAGAGCCUUGGCAUCGGCACAGUGCCCGCCCUUCGGCCUGCCGAGGAAACGCCUAAAACAGUCCUGACUGCUACAGCCCUCUGAUCCAGACAGAGAGCUGAGGCAGCCCACUGAUCCAGACAGAGGGCUGAGGCAGUCCUCUGAUCCAGACUGAGAGCUGAGGCAGCCCUCUGAUCCAGACUGAGAGCUGAGGCAGCCCACUGAUCCAGCCCACUGAUCCAGAAAGAGAGCUGAGGCAGCCCACUGAUCCAGACAGAGAGCUGAGGCAGCCCACUGAUCCAGACUGAGAGCUGAGGCAGCCCACUGAUCCAGACUGAGAGCUGAGGCAGCCCACUGAUCCAGGAAGAGAGCUGAGGCAGC